AUGCUACUAUUGCUUAUUGUCUUUAUAUUCCUUGCUUUUCUCACAAUUAUUUAUCUGAAACUUAUUCGUCCUCAAAAACAAUUACAUGAUAUAUUCGUAGCCCAAGAUGUUCCUAGUGAACCAUUUGUUCCAAUUUUUGGUCAAUUAUUUGAUAUAAUUCGUGCUACUAAACAAAAUAGAGGAAUGGAAUAUUUCAAUGAAUUAGCAAAAAAACAUCAUUAUUAUUUUCUAUUAGGCUUAGGACCUCUUACACGUUUUAUAAUAGUUGAAUGUGAAUUAUUAGCAGACGUUUUAAGUCGAUCAAAAGUUGAAUAUUAUGAAAAAACAUCAUUUGUAAUUAAUAUUUUGAAACCAUUAAUUGGUGUGCAUAAUCUUAUAGUUAGUAAACAUGCGGAAUAUGAACGAGCUCGUAGAAUGCUUAAUCCGGCAUUUCAUUCUAUUAAUCUUCAAUCAACUGAUUCUAUUCGACCUGAUAUUCAAUCUAAUAUUCUAACAUUUUCUAUUAUCGCAUUGAGUGCUUUUGUCAAAGUUCUUGAUGAACUUCCAUUUUGGGGUAAACAUAUUCUUGAUGAUGCCACAAAAACAUUAAAUGAAUUUGUUGAUCAAUCGGUUAUUGAUCGACGAAAUGGAAAAUCAUCAAGUUUAUGUUCUGGUCAAGAUCUUCUUGAUCUUCUAUUAUCAGCGGAUGAUGAUCAAGGUGAACCAUUUUCUGAUGAACAGAUAAGAGAUGAAGCUGUAACAUUUGUACUUGCUGGUCAUGACACAACAACAUGUCGUGAAGAAGUUGGUCGUAUUCUACCUAAUGAAACAAUUCCUACUUAUGAACAUCUGUCUGAUCUUCAAGUCAUCGAAGCAGUUCUUCAUGAGACUAUUCGUCUUUAUCCAGCAGCUCCUGUUUAUGCUCGUCAAUAUAUCAAAGAACAUACAAUAUCUAAUUCUAAUGAUACCCUUUAA